AAUAAAGCUGUCCCCAUGAAUGCCUGACCCAACCUACAUUUCAUCCAUGAAAUUGAAAAGUCAGAUAAAAGUCCCUGACAGAUUUAAUAGUUUUGUUAUGAAUUAAAUUUUUAAUCAACGUUUUGGUAAUCCAAAAUAUGUUAGUUGAAUCCAAUUUUUUUCCAAAUAUAUAUCAAGCAGGGUUGGGGCACUCCUUUAUUAUAGUUUAAGGGACCCAUUUUUGUAGUUUUUUCCGGCAUCCCUCCAAAAUGUCGGGGGAAGUCUAUCUCCUGUGGCUGCUUUCUCUUUUACAAACGCUGUCGGCGUAUGGCACUGAGCUGUCGUCGGAGGCGUGCAGGGAGCUGGGCUUCUCCAGCAACCUGCUGUGCAGUUCCUGUGACCUGCUCGGGGAGUUCAGCCUCACCAAGAUCCAGCCUGACUGCAGGCACUGCUGCCAGCAGGAGGCCAAGUUAGAAGCACGCAAGCUCUAUGCUGGGGCCAUCCUGGAGGUGUGUGGAUGAAAAUUGGGGAGGUUCCCCCAAGUCCAAGCUUUUGUCAGGGGUGACAAGCCGAAGAUGUUCAAGGGUCUUCAGAUCAAGUAUGUGCGAGGCUCUGAUCCUGUACUCAAGCUUUUGGACGAUAACGGGAACAUCUCUGAGGAACUCAGCAUCCUCAAGUGGAACACGGACAGCGUGGAGGAGUUCUUGAGUGAAAAGUUAGAGCAGGUAUAAACACAGCUUUCAAUUUGUUUUCUAAAGUUAAUGGGACAUCUAAAAAUGUACUUCAACUCUGACAAUUUGUCACUCAGCCUUAUUUUUGUUCUGGGUUUGCACAAGCCCCCCUUUUUUUUUUUCCCCCCUCCAAAAUUUUGUAAUGACGAAAGUAUGAACACAAAGUUGGAUUUUACAGCCAAACAUAUUAUUGGCAUCACUAUGUAGAUGAGAGAAAAAUAUUAGUGGUGACAUGUAUAUUUGUAGGUAUUUGGACUCAACUUAGCAUUUUUACAUUCCUAGUAAUUCUGUUUAAAGUCAAAUUUCUCAGCGAGGCUGUAAAAGCAUCAUUUUGAGUUCUUUCCGUUUCUGAUUUUCUUGACAUUUUUUUUAAUGCUCAAAAUUGUUGUUGACAGAUGUGAGUUGUCGAAAGACUGAACAAUUCGUAGUUGCGGUCUGUAAGGAGAUGGUACAGUCGUGGGGGCACGUUAGUGAAGAGCUCACCUUAAACCAGUUUUGGGAAGUGACCUCUGAUGUGUUUUGUGUUCCUUGCUUUCAUCGAUCUUUGGACAGUAACUGGAUUUGUUGGAUGCUCGUCAAGUGGAAAUUUGAAUAUGCAACAAUAAACAAAAAUGAUUUUCUUUCA